ACAUCGACGAGUGCCAGACGCCCGGCAUCUGUGGGAAUGGCCACUGCGCCAACACCGAGGGUUCCUUCCGCUGCCAAUGCCCGGCGGGGCUGGUGGUGGGCCCGGAUGGCCACGUGUGUGUGGACACCCACCUGCGUGGCACGUGCUACAAGGCCGUCGAGAGGGGCUCCUGCACCCAGCCCUUCCCUGGUGCCAUCACCAAGUCCGAAUGCUGCUGUUCCAGCCUGGCCCGUGGCUUUGCAGAGCCCUGCCAGCUGUGCCCCGCCAAGAGCUCUGCCGAGUUUCAGGUGCUCUGCAGUAGUGGCCUUGGCAUCGCUAUGGACGGCCAAGACAUCAACGAGUGUGCCCUGGACCCCGAGGUCUGUGCCAACGGCGUGUGUGAGAACCUGUGGGGUGGGUACCGCUGUGCCUGCAAGCCGGGUUUUGAGGCGGGCGCCACGGGCCGGGACUGCACAGACGUGGAUGAGUGUGCCCGCAGCAGCCUCCUGUGUGACAACGGGCAGUGCCAGAACACUCCCGGCAGUUACCGCUGCUCCUGUGCCCAGGGCUUCAACUUCCGGCAGGACACAGAGAUCUGUGAAGACAUUGAUGAAUGCCUGUCCAGCCCGUGUGUGAAUGGUGUGUGCCGGAACCUGGCGGGCUCCUACACGUGCGAGUGUGGCCCCGGCAGCCGACUGGGGCCCUCCGGUACCGUGUGCCUAGACGUCACCAGGGGCACCUGCUGGCUGAGAAUCCAGGACAACCGCUGCGAGGUGAACCUCCAGGGAGCUGCCACCCUGCGGGCCGAGUGCUGUGCCACCCUUGGGGCUGCCUGGGGGAGCCCCUGUGAGCCCUGUGAGACGGACCCCGCCUGUGCCCAUGGCUUUGCCCGCAUGACGGGUCUCGUCUGCGAAGAUGUGAACGAGUGUCAAUCCUUUCCUGGGGUCUGUCCCAACGGGCAUUGUGUCAACACCGCUGGCUCCUUUCACUGCGAGUGUCCUGAGGGUCUGAUGCUGGAUGCCACCGGCCGCCUGUGUGUGGACGCAAGAUUGGAGCCUUGUUUCCUGCGCUGGGAUGAGGACGAGUGUGGGGACCCCCUGCCCGGCAAGUCCAGGAUGGACGUCUGCUGCUGCUCCGUGGGUGCCGCGUGGGGAGCCACGUGCGAGGCCUGCCCGGAGCCCGAGUCCCCCGAGUUCGCCAGCCUGUGUCCCCGCGGGCCCGGCUUUGCCAGCCAGGACUUCCUAUCUGGCCAGCCCUUCUAUAAAGGCUCCUCCCUGGUCAUGAGCCCAGAACCCCCCUGCUCCUUUGGCUUGGCAGACGUAGAUGAGUGUGCCAGAGACCCACUGCUGUGCCGGGGAGGCACCUGCACCAACAUGGACGGAAGCUAUCGGUGCCAGUGUCCCCCUGGACAUGCGCUGGCGGCUGGGGGCACUGUCUGUGAGGACAUCGACGAGUGCUCCUUGAGUGACGGCCUGUGUCCCCACGGCCAGUGUGUCAACAUCCUCGGUGCCUUCCAGUGCUCCUGCCACGCUGGCUUCCAGGGCACAGCUGACCGCCAGGGCUGCGUGGACGUCAACGAAUGCCAAGCCCAGAACGGUGGGUGUGCUGUGUAUUGCCUUAACACCGAGGGCAGCUUUCAGUGCCGCUGCAGGCGGGGCUACUCGCUGAUGCCAGAUGGGAGGGCGUGUGCAGAUGUGGACGAGUGUGAAGAGAAUCCAGAUGUUUGUGACCAGGGCCAGUGCACCAACGUGCCGGGUGCUUAUCGCUGCCUGUGCUAUGCUGGCUUUGUGGCCACGCCAGACAUGAGGACCUGUGUUGAUGUGAACGAGUGUGACCUGAGCCCUCGCAUCUGUCUCCGUGGGACCUGUGAGAACACACAGGGCUCCUUUGUCUGCCACUGUCCGCCGGGCUACGUGGUCCGGAAGGGGGCCGCGGGCUGCUCAGACGUGGACGAGUGUGAGCUCGGGGAACACAGUUGUGACAGUCACGCCUCCUGCCUCAACCUCCCCGGGAGUUUCCGCUGCAGGUGCCAGCCAGGCUGGGUGGGCGAUGGCUUCACAUGUCAUGACCUGGAUGAGUGUGCCAGCCAGGAGCACCGGUGCAGCCUGGGAGCUGCCUGUCUCAACUCCCCUGGCACCUACCGCUGCGUCUGUCACCAGGGCUUUUCCGGGGACGGCUUCUCCUGCGAGGACAGGGAUGAAUGCACUGAGAACGGGGACGUCUGCGUCCACGGGUGGUGCCUGAACACACCCGGCGGGUACCACUGCGAGUGCCAGGUGGGCUUUGGCCCCACGGAGGACCACCGGGCCUGCCGAGAUGUGGACGAGUGUGUGCUCGGAAACGUCUGCGCCUCUGGGAUCUGCGAGAAUCUGCCUGGAACAUUCUACUGCGUCUGCAGCAGCGGUUAUGAGCUGGACCGAGGUGGCCACGAAUGCACAGACAUCGACGAGUGUGCAGAACCAGUGAACUGCAUCAAUGGCCUGUGCGUCAACACUCCUGGGAGCUACCGGUGCAACUGUCCCCAGGACUUCGAGCUAAACCCCAGUGGGGUGGGCUGCGUGGACACCCGGUUUGGAAACUGUUUCCUAGACACCCAUGACCGAGGUGAUGGUGGCAUUUCCUGCAGUGCCGAGAUUGGAGUUGGUGUCACUCGCGCCUCAUGCUGCUGUUCCCUGGGCCAGGCCUGGGGCACCCCCUGUGAGCUGUGCCCAACGGCCAACACCACCGAGUACCGAACCCUGUGCCCGGGGGGCGAGGGCUUCCGGCCCAACCCCACCACUGUCAUUCUGGAAGACAUCGACGAGUGCCAGGAGCUGCCCGGGCUGUGUCAGGGGGGUGACUGCGUCAACACCUUCGGCAGCUUCCGGUGCCAGUGCCUGCCCGGCUACCGCCUGCGUGAGGACACCCGCGUCUGUGAGGAUAUUGAUGAGUGCUCCACACACACGGGCAUCUGUGGCCCUGGCACCUGCUACAACACUCUGGGGAACUUCACCUGCAUCUGCCCUGCAGAAUACCUGCAGGUCAACGGUGGCAACAGCUGCAUGGAUAUGAGGAAGAAUCUUUGUUUCCGGCACUAUGACGGCACAUGUCACAACGAGUUGGCUUUCAAUGUGACCCGGAAGAUGUGCUGCUGUUCCCACAACAUUGGUCAGGCCUGGAAUAGACCCUGUGAGGCCUGUCCUGCCCCCGCCAGCCACGUCGACGAGUGCAGAGAGAUCCCCGCCCUCUGUGCCGGUGGCGUCUGUAUCAACCGGAUGGGGAGCUUCCGCUGCGAGUGUCCGGUGGGCUUCCACUACAAUGGCGUCUUGCUGGCCUGUCAAGAUGUGGACGAAUGUGGUGGCGGGAAGACUCCCUGCCAGCAGCACGCCAACUGCCUCAACAUUCCCGGCAGCUACCACUGCGAAUGUGCCCGCGGUUACAAGCUGUUGCCAGGCGGGGCCUGUGUGGGACGGAACAAGUGUCAGGAGAUCCCGAAAGUCUGUAGCCAUGGCGACUGCGUGGACACGGAGGGCAGCUACGUGUGCCUGUGUCACCAGGGCUUCCGGGCCUCAGUGGACCAGACCCUGUGUCUGGAUAUUGACGAGUGUGAUCAGCAGCCAUGUGGAAACGGGACCUGUAAGAACGUUGUCGGCUCCUACGACUGCCUCUGCUUCCCUGGCUUUGUGGCAGCGUACAACGGGGAUUGCAUGGACAUUGAUGAGUGUACUACUUUGGUGGGCCAAGUGUGCCGUUUUGGCCAGUGCCUCAACACAGUUGGCUCCUUCCACUGUCUCUGCCAGGAUGGCUUUCAUCUCACAGCCGAUAGGAAGAAUUGUGUGGACACCAAUGAGUGUCUCAGCCUUGCGGGAACCUGCCUGCCCGGCACUUGUCAGAACCUCGAGGGCUCCUUCCGCUGCCUCUGCCCCCCUGGCUUCCAAGUGCAGAGUGACCACUGCAUUGAUAUCAACGAGUGUUCAGAGGAGCCCAACCUCUGCCUCUUUGGCACCUGUGUCAACAGCCCUGGGAGCUUCCAGUGCCUCUGCCCUCCUGGCUUUGUCCUCUCUGACAAUGGGCACCGUUGCCUUGACACACGGCAGAGUUUCUGCUUCACUCGUUUCGAGGCCGGGAAGUGCUCGGUGCCCAAAGCUGUCAACACCACCAAGACCCGGUGCUGCUGUAGCAAGAGACCUGGCGAGGGCUGGGGUGACCCCUGUGAGCUGUGUCCUCGGGAGGGCAGUGCUGCCUUUCAGGAACUCUGCCCUUUUGGCCACGGGGCCAUCCCAGGCCUGGAUGACUCCCGAGAAGACGUGAAUGAGUGUGCAGAGAACCCCGGCGUCUGCACCAAUGGCCUUUGCGUCAACACCGAUGGCUCCUUCCGCUGUGAGUGUCCCUUUGGCUACAGCCUGGACUUCACCGGCGUCAGCUGUGUGGACACAGACGAGUGCUCCGUCGGGCACCCUUGUGGGGCAGGCACGUGCACCAAUGUCCUCGGAGGCUUCGAAUGUGCCUGCGCGGACGGCUUUGAGCCCGGCCCCAUGAUGACCUGCGAGGACAUUGACGAGUGCUCCCUGAAUCCUCUGCUCUGCGCCUUCCGCUGCCUCAACACCGAGGGUUCCUUCCUGUGUACCUGCCCGGCCGGUUACGCUCUGCGGGACGAUGGGGCCACAUGCCAAGAUGUGGACGAGUGUGCAGAGGGCCUGCAGGACUGUCAUGCCCGAGGCCUGCUGUGCAAGAACAUCAUCGGCACCUUUGCGUGUACCUGUCCCCCAGGCAUGCUGCCCCAGCCCGGCUCCGGGGAGGGCUGCACAGAUGACAACGAAUGCCGCGCCCAGCCCGACCUGUGCGCCCAUGGCCGCUGUGUCAACACCGUGGGCAGCUUCCGGUGCGACUGUGACCAGGGCUUCCAGCCCAGCCUCACCCUCACCACGUGCCACGACAUCCGGCGGGGACCCUGCUUCUCCGAGGCGCUGCAGGCCGCGUGCCAGGCUCCGUCCAGGAGCGACGAGGCCGUCACCAGGGCUGAGUGCUGCUGCGGGGGUGGCCGGAGCUGGGGGCCCCACUGCGAGCUGUGUCCCUUGCCCGGCACCUCCACCUACAGGAAGCUGUGUCCCCAUGGCUCGGGCUACACCGCCGAGGGCCGAGAUGUGGAUGAAUGCCACAUGCUCACUCACCUGUGCCCCCACGGAGAGUGCAUCAACAGCCUCGGCUCCUUCCACUGCCUCUGCCAAGCCGGGUACAUGCCAGACGCUACUGCCACCACCUGCAUGGAUGUGGACGAAUGCAGCCAGGACCCCAAGCCGUGUGCCUCCCUCUGCAAGAACACAGAGGGCAGCUUCCUGUGCGGUUGUCCCCGCGGUUACCUGCUGGAGAAAGACGGCUGGACCUGCAAAGACCUCGACGAAUGCGCCUCCAGGCAGCACAACUGCCAGUUCCUCUGUGUCAACACCGUGGGUGCCUUUGCCUGCCGCUGUCCUCCCGGCUUCACCCAGCGCCACCAGGAUUGCUUUGACAAAGACGAGUGCUCGGCCCAGCCUGGCCCCUGUGGCACCCACGGACACUGCCACAACACCCUGGGCAGCUUCCGCUGUGAGUGCCACCAGGGCUUCACCCUGGACAGCUCAGGCCGUGUCUGCGAAGACGUGGACGAAUGUGACGGCCCCCAUCGCUGUCAGCAUGGCUGUCAGAACCAACCAGGAGGCUACCGCUGUGGCUGCCCCCAGGGCUUCACCCAGCACUCCCAGUGGGCCCAGUGUGUGGACGAGAACGAGUGCGCCCUGCUGCCCGCGGCCUGCGGGAGCGCCUCCUGCCGCAACACGCUCGGUGGCUUCCGCUGCGUCUGUCCCUCUGGCUUCGACUUCGACCAGACCCUCGGGGGCUGCCGGGACGUGGACGAGUGCGCCGGGCGAGGCCACCCGUGCAGCUACGGCUGUGCCAACACUCUGGGCGGCUUCCUGUGUGGCUGUCCACGAGGCUACUUCCGGGCUGGGCAGGGGCACUGUGUCUCUGGCCUGGGCUUCAGCCCUGGACCCCAGGACCCCCCAGGCGAGGAGGAGCCGCGCUCACCUGAUGCCUGCUAUGAAUGCAAGAUCAACGACCUUUCCCCUCAGGACCGGCCACGGCGCAGCACCCGCUGGGACCACCAGGUGACCCUGGCCACCCUGGACUCUGAGGACCUGCUGACCUUGGGCCUCAACCUCUCACGUCUGGGCCAGGCUGAACGCAUCCUGCAGCUCAGGCCGGCGCUCCUGGGGGGCCGGGUCCGCUAUGUCAUUGCCCGGGGCAACCAGCAAGGUUUCUUCCUCAUGCGGCACCUCCACGGUCUCAGCUCCCUGCAGCUGGGGCGGAGGCGGCUGCAGCCUGGAACCUACCAGCUGGAGGUGGUGAGCAGUGUGGGGGAGCCCUGGCCGGAAGGAUGGCCGGAGCCAGGAGGCCUUGCCUUGCGACUGAAGGUGCAGGUGCAACUGUUGUAGUUGCGUGAGCCUCAGUGGGCCCCGG